CUUUCUUUCAGUUCCUCCAGUCUUACCUGUGCUUUGAUUAUUAUAGUUGAUUCAGUCUUGCACAUGUUUGCCUGAAGUUAGUGUGGCAUUGCUUUUUGUUCACUUCAAACCAACAUGCUGCUCAGCUUUUUUCUCCUGUUCUUUUUGUGUGAGAGCACAGUGACAUUAUGGACUACAAUCUGGACCACUAAUUCUUACCCGGAAACUCAUAGUACCACAGUGACUACAGAAGUAAUGCUGUCUCCUCUGCAGCUGGUGGCCACCCCAGACUACCCGGUUGCAGUAGGUCAACAAGUUAACUUGCACUGCACCGCUUUCACCAUCCCAAACUCUGUCACUUGGUCCUUGCAACACCUAAAAAAUCAGACCUGGAAAGAAGUGGGCAAUGGUCGGGAUCUGACCCUCACCAAGCCAGAUCAGAGCGGGCUUUACCGGUGCUGUGCCAUGACCUUGUCAUCUGGGAAGCAUGUGAGCCCGAACCACACAGUCUAUAUCAUCUCCUUGCAUGCAACAGUCGGUGAGAAAAUAGGAAUAAUAGCCUUUGUGCUGUCUCUCCUGGCCUUGAUCAUCACUCUUGCUCUUCUUUCUUGGAUGGGUUGGCAAAGACUUGGUCACACAUUGACCAUCUCCAACACUGUAGCUAAAGGUCCUGGGCCUGAAAAGUCACCAAAGGGAGCUUUGCCGAAGACUGACAGUGACGGAGAUGUGUACAUGAAUUACACCAACCAAGCCUACACUGAUCUGGACCCCACCAAUAUGACUGGUGAUAAUGUGUACUCAAGUCUGUCAUGAACAUCUGUAGGAGGGUCGAGAUAAUAAAAAUGUAAUAGGAUGUAAUAAAAAGAUGACGAGCAGACAGAAGUUGGAUCAUAUCAGCGCAUAGAGCUCAAUGUCACCUUUAAUCUGAUAGAUAAGGUUUUGCAUGUACAGUUAUUUAACACGAUCUGAAUGUAGUAAAACCCACAGAUCUGUGGUUCUAGCUGGGUGAAACAGUUCCCACCAAACAGUAAGAGGCCCUUCUCGCUUUUUCUUUGUAACUGUUAAUAAAACUUAUAAUUUCCUACAA